AUGGGGGUGCGGCGGCUCAAGGUGGCUUGCGUCUCGAUCCCGGAAGCGGGGCAUUUGGUGCCCACCGUGCAGGUGGCGAAGGCCUUGGCGCAGCGGGGCCACGAGACAGCGCUGCUGACGCUGGACAGCGCGGCGCCCAAGUUCGCCAAGAGCUGUGAGGCGGCAGGCUGCCGCUUCGUAGGCCUCGCGCCGGACUUGCCGGGCUCGGAUGCGGGCCACGGGCCGGUGGCGGAGCUGAUGUCCCGAGGUUUGAUGUCCACGGCCAUGAGCCACGUGAGCGCCGCCAUGCUCCCGGAGCUGCUCGCCUGGCUCAAGGCCGAGCGCCCGGACGUGGUGCUGGCGGACUUCGCCACCCAAGCGGCCUCCCAGGCGGUGGAGGAGCUGGGCAUCCCGAUGCUCCUGAAUGUGCCAGGACCUUUGGAGCUCUUCAAGCAUCUGGACAUGCUCUUUGCGCUGCCCUUCUGCCUCAAGAUCUUCCUUGCCAGCCGCAACGUCCAGGAGACCCGGCUCACCUACCGCAUGUUCACGCAGCUCGUGCCGAUGCUCAAGACCCGCGUGUGCCUCGUGAACAGCUUCUUCGGGCUAGACUUGGCCCACGAUCUGCCGCCCCACGUGGUCGUCACCGGGUCCACGGCUGCACGCCCCUCCACUACGCGACGCACGGAGACCUCCGACUCACGGCUCAACGCCUGGCUCACGGAGAUGCGCCAGCGACAGCUGCGCUUGGUCUACGUGACCAUGGGCAGCAUGCAGGUGCUGGAGCCCUUUCAGCUGAAGGCGCUCUACGAGGGUCUCCGGGCACUGAAGAACGUGGCGGUUUGCUGGUCCCUCAAAGAGGAGCAGCACCAGCAAUUGGGAGGCCUGGAGAGUCUGCCCGCGCACUUCUACGUGUCCAAGUGGCUGCCCCAGGGCGAGGCGAUGCAGCUGCCUGAGGUGGCGGUGGUUGUGACGCACUGCGGCUUUGGGGGGCUCAAUGAGACCAUCGCCGCCGGGAAGCCGAUGGUGGCGCUGCCCUUCCGCGCCGACCAGCCGAAGAACGCGGAGAUCGCCCACGCCCGCGGCAUGGCCGAGGUGCUGCAGCCCAGGAAGCUGACAGCGGCGGCUGUCACCUCUGCAGUGACCAAGGUCUUGGAGGAUCCGCGGUACCAGCAGCGCGCCUCGGAGCUGCAGCGGCAGCUGCUGAAGACCAAGGGCGCCGAGGCGUGCGUGGAAGCCAUCGAGCGCUUCGCGGAGAACGAUGGGUGCGAAGAGCUCUUCGCGAGGCCGACGAAGUCUUGGACACGGUCCUUGCUGGGCUUGGCCCCCUCAGUGGGCCUGGUUCUGCUGGGCGCCGCACUCGCUAUUCGAGAGCUCGUGCUCUCCGAGGUGGAGCAUAAGGUGCAGGAGAAGUCAGAAGAGAUGUGGUCCAAGGGCAAGCAGUUCGUGAGCCAGCUGCAGCUGAGACACGCUGAGAAGAUGACCGAGAUGGUGGAGGAUCUUGGCCGAUGCCAGAAGAAACAAUCGGAGCUGGAAGCGGAGAAUGAGCGGCUGAAGCAGGCAUUGCAGAGCUUGGGCUCGCACUUCGCCCUCCUCGGGAACAGCUUCGACAGCAAGGAGUACAACAGCAGCCCAGACUCUGCAGUCAGCACCGCCCCGGGCCUCAGCCCUCCUGAGGAGCCAGAGGCCAAGGCGCCGCCCUACACGCCGGAGCCCUACGCCCAGGCAGCCCAGGCGGCCGCGGAGGUCUUGGCGCAGGUGCCUCCGUUCCCUCCCUUCGGCUCGCCCGCGCCCAUGUCACCCCCUCCGGCCAUCUCCAUCGCGGAGAGUUUGGGUGCAGGAGUCUCAACGCCGCAGCGCACCCCACUGUCCUUGAUGCAGUCGCUGGCCACGCCCUUGACGCCCCUGCCAUCCCCCUUCACUGUGAACGGCCUUGCCGGGGUAGGCUUGGUGGGCGGCUGUGGUAUCUUCAGCUUUACCUUGCGCAAGGCGGACGGUGCCGAGUUGGGCCUCAACGUGUCCCACAGCGCAGAUGACCGGGUUCUUUGCGUGGAGGGCAUUCGUGAGGGCGGCGCUGUGGAAGCGUGGAACCGGCAGUGUGGAGCAGGAACUCCUUUUGCGGAGAAGACUGUGCUGCCAGGAGACCGGAUCCUCAGUGUGAACAAGGUGUCCUACGACCCCAAUCUGAUGCUACAGGAGUGCAGGGAGAAGCAGCUCCUGAAGCUCACCAUCGCUCGGGGCAACAUCCCGCUCCCGGCCGCCCAGGAGGACCUGCAAUUCCCGAUCCCACAGCUCCGAGCGGAUGCCAACGAGUUUGUGCCCUAUGAGGAGAAGGCACCCGCCCAAAAGCCGAGCGAUCCAUGACGCGAGCGAUCCACGUACGCCGGAUGAAUCAACGCAAGCGCGACCUUUCAGGCCGUGCCUGUGAAUGAAUCUUAGAGGUCCGCCUGCGGCCUUUCAACAGCAGGUGCUUUGCCUGCGGUAGGGUUCGGGAUGCCGAAAAAAAGGGGAAGGCA